AGCGAAUACGUCGACGCGCGUGCGGUAAAUCGUCACAUCACAAAAAGUGUCACUUUGUAUGCUACCUGUGCCCACGUUGCAGCGUUACAUUCAGGUUUGGGUCUUUAUUCAUGGGAAAGAUGUCCAACGACAACAGCCGUACUCAUCUUAUUCUUAAAUUAUCUAGAGAAGCAACUGAACGACAGGAUUAUGGAUGGGAAGUUGGGGAAG